AUGGUUGCCUUCACAUCGCUCGCCUUGACAGCCGCUGCCCUCGUUGGCCUCACCGUCGCCGUGCCAGCACAGCCAGUCCGGCCUACCGGAGUAGUCCACCGCGUCUUCGCUGGCUCCACCACCGCCAACGGCGGCCUACAUUUCGAGCCCGAAAACGUAGUCGCAGAACCCGGCGAUCUCAUGGAGUUCCACUUCCUCCCCAAGGCGCACACUUUCGUGCAGUCCUCGUUCGACAAGCCAUGCGAGCCUCUCGGCGGCGACAACUCCAUCUUCUCUGGCUUCAACUUCAACACCACCGCGGGUGAAGCACCAAACGUCUUCACCUUUACGGUGCAGGACACGAACCCCAUCUGGUACUACUGCUCUCAGACAAACGGCAAUCACUGUCAGAAAGGCAUGAGCGGAGUCAUCAACCAGAACUUCAACUCCGACAAGACGCUUGCAAAGUACAAAGAGAAUGCGGUCAAUACCGUCACCAAACAACCUUCUGUUGACCCGCUUGCUUCUCAGGGUGGCUCGAUCGUACCUUUGUGA